CACAAGCCGAACAAGCAAGCCAGCACGGCCGGAGCGAGCCGGCUUUACACGAUAUAUGCGGGGGGAAUUCUUUUAUUAUUAUUUUUAUUGGUUUCUCUUUCAAAGCGGCGAUAAACAAAGGAGAUGAAGGGACUCCUGCCGUUUUGCCGGGGCCUUUACUGCCUGAGUAAACGUCAAGCUGUUCGAAAAGCUUGGACUGUCGGUUCUCGGUGCGGCUUUUGCGGAACUCAGUCUGGCAAGCAGACGCAGCCAAACUUCGGGCUGCUUUUCGACAUAGAUGGCGUCCUUGUCCGGGGAAGGAUGCUAAUCCCUGCAGCAAAAAUGGCGUUUGAGAAGUUGGUUGACUCUCAGGGACAGUUUGUGGUGCCAGUUGUUUUUGUUACAAAUGCAGGGAACUGCCUCCGACAAACAAAAGCAGACCAGCUCUCUCACAUCCUGGGAGUACCCAUUACACUAGAUCAAGUCAUCAUGUCACACAGUCCUCUGAGGAUGUUUAAGAAGUUUCACGACAUGUGUGUGCUGGUGUCAGGACAGGGGCCAGUCCUGGAAAUUGCUAAAAAUGUGGGCUUCAAGAAUGUUGUCAGUAUUGAUAUGCUGAGGGAAUCAUUCCCACUGCUCGACAUGGUGGAUCACAACAGAAGACCCAAACUGCCGUCUAAUCCUCUUGGAAACCUGCCAAAAGUUGACGCUGUGGUUCUGUUUGGUGAGCCGAUUCGAUGGGAGACCAACCUGCAGCUGAUAAUAGAUGUUCUGUUGACCAACGGCAGUCUCGGCAGUGUUCACCAAACCCAGAAAAGGCCUCACCUCCCCCUGCUGGCCUGCAACAUGGACCUCAUGUGGAUGGCUGAGGCGCAUUCUCCACGGUUUGGCCACGGGACAUUUCUUGUGUGCCUGGAGAACAUCUUUAAGAAGAUAACAGGUCAAGACCUGAAGUACGAUGCGCUCAUGGGGAAACCCAGCGAGCUGACAUAUCACUUCGCAGAGUACCUCAUCAGAAGUCAGGCCAUGCAGAGGCAGUGGAAACUUCCCAUCACUUCCCUGUAUGCAAUCGGGGAUAACCUUAUGACUGACAUCUAUGGCGCCAACCUAUACAACCGCUACCUGGAAGAGAGAGUUUCUAGAAAGAACCCCAAAGCCGUUGCAAAGAUGGCUGCUACCACAGGCUCCACCACUGCUGUGCCCCAGGAGGACGACAUGGACAAUAUGUGGGAGAGUGAGCUGGCACUGCCCUCUGCAACUUCCUGUAAGUCUGUGCUUGUCUGCACGGGGGUCUACAACCCCAACGCAGAGGUGCCGUCUGACGCAAAUCGCUGCAUCAAAGAGACUGUGUUCCAUGGGCACCGGGACUUCAGAUUCGACCCCGCGCUGGUGGAGCCAGGCCACAUUGUGAAGGAUGUGGCAGAAGCUGUUGACCUCAUUUUUGAGCAGGAAAAGUUUGUGCCUAAGUAAAAGUUUUGAGCCAUCAUGGGGUUUUUUUUUUUCUUCCUCUGAGUUCACUCUCUGGGUGGGAAGAUCACAUGCUACUGCUGUCUUAAGGUUGUAUUUCAGGUGAGACAUUUAAAUAUAGGAACAAGUACAAAGUGUUGGCCUAUCAUUUAAGUGCUUAUCAAUGAAUUGAAUACUGAGAGACUAUAGACAGAGAAAAUUUCAUAACCCAUUUAUUAGCCGCUGUUGGAAAAUGGCUAACAAUAGCAUUCAGUUACUCUCUGGCUAUUUUUUCCAUUUGCUAGUAUUUUGUUCUUCUUCUCCUGUUGUAUCAUUAUCAAACGGUUAUGUUAGUAGUUAUCUUAUUCCUAGUGAACUUAAGCAAACUUUAGUAUUAAACUACUUCCUGGCUAACUUGACCUAAUUUUACCAUUCCAACACUUCCAAGCUAACUUUAGCUAAUCUUUGUAUUCCACCACUUCCUUUCUCUAGCUUGAAUGGAUCUAAAUGCCAGGAUAAGUCAUUGUCUGAAUUAAGCUCAUGGGUUGACAGAUACGUUAUUUUACCUAGAAAUAUGGCAGCAUGUGAGCUUCCCUACCCUUAGCUUGACAUCAGUGGAAAAUGGCCGCCUUGUGCAUAAGGUCAAUGGAGGUCCUACGAAAUAGGUGAGUGGAGCGUAGAACUGCGUAUGCCACUUCAUGGAUAAACUGGGAAGAGCCUUACACUGUGGACUAUUGAUUCAACACCUGAUAGGGCAUUGAAAAAAAAAUGGGGGUCAUAGUUUCUACUUUUAACUUUGUGACAAACCUUACAGAAAUGAUUCAUGUUACUGUUACUUUAAAAAUCUCUUUUAUAUUGUUUUUGUCGUAGUCGAUUUCCUGUUAAUCAUUGAGAAAAAGUGUAAAACCGCCUUAUUUGACCCUGCUAAGUAUUUUUUUAGACAAUAGUGAUGUUUUAGGUAACUACAAGUCCUGAAAUCAUCUUAUAUUUAUUACAAGAUUUUACCAGUGUUUUUAAGAGGCAUAUACAUAUAACAUUGGACCUUAAGUAUCACAUUUCUAUUAUUACAUAAUACAUUUAUAUUCAUUUGUUUACCCAUUUAUUCAAGAAAAGACUAUGCAUGAAUAUGAGAGUAAUACUGUACUUAAAAAAUGGUUUGAUGUGCAAUAUUGUCGUCUAAUAGUACUGUCUGUCUGCAUUUCGUCUAGCUGUGAGAGCCUUGAUCAGUAUUUGCACAGAUCAGACUUUCAUCUUUGUUAAAUGUUACCAUAUCCUCCUGCCAUCAUCUGUCCAUGAUUACUUUCCAUGAUGUAGAAAUGCAUUUUUUAUGUUGUAAAGUUUUGUUACAGAAAAAAUGACUAGACAAUUUUAAAGACUUGUGUUCAAAGCCAAUCAAAAGAUUUUGCAACCACUGUUGCCAUAUUUGACCAUUUGUUAUAGUUCCCUCAUUGUACAGUGAAUACAUUAAGAAAAUACAAGGAAUAGUUGCACAAAUUUCGCAAUUGUCUGUGUGAUUUCUCUUAAACCCGAAACCAUCCUAAAAUUACAAAAACUGAACUAUAUAUUAACCACUAUAAUAAAGAGACUUGCAACAGA